UGUCACACUUCGAUCAAUCUCUAACCGAUCAAUUAUGGCUUCGAUACACAAAACCACAAAACGCCAUAUCAUUAUCCUGUUAAACUCUGUGCUGUAUCAGGAAAAUUUUAUUAGCUAAGCUAUCAUUAACUGUUGGUAUUGAAUGGAACAAAGAUAUACGCAAUGCAUUCGGUCGUUAAACACAUCAUCUUACUUACUGCUGCCAUAGUAUUUACAUCAAGUAUAUUGUUGCAAGUUGAUCGUAGACCAGCGAAGAUACUACUUCAUCAACCGACACCAACAAUACACAGGAAGUCAUCCACUAAAAUACGAAAUGAAGAGACUGCUAGGAGUUCUAGUGACAAAUCUGAUUCUUCGACAACGAACAAUCAAUCUCAUAUUAUUGAAGACGGUGGUGAUAUUACAAGUUAUCAAGAUGCAGUGGAUGCACAACCAAAAAAUAUUGUUAUUAUCGUGACCAAUAAAAGAUCUGGAUCUUCAUUUUUUGGAGAAUUUUUUAAUCAAAAUCGAAAUGCAUUUUAUGCAUUUGAACCUCUUGUGUAUUUUACACAAAUGGCUCUAAAGCACCAGAUUCCCGCUAAUGUGUUCGACUCUCUUUCAAUUAAAACACUCAAGUAUGUUUCAACAUGCGAUCUAUACAACAUUCCUUAUUUAAAUAUGUGGUGGGAAACGUUCAGAAAGUUUCUCUGCAGGAGUACACGUUGGUCAAGUCUAUGUAAAGACAAUAAACUGAGAAAGGUAUCAAUAGAAACGGCACUUGACACGCUCGUUAAAAUUUGUAAUUUGUCUAAAUUAGUUGCUAUAAAAACUAUUCGGUUAGCUGACAUUGCCUCUUUACGCGAAUUUGUUGAAAAGUACAGCAUAAAUGUGAAAGUGUUACAUUUGGUCCGUGAUCCCCGAGCUGUGAUGAAUUCAAGGUGGCACUUAAGUUCUCCAAAUUAUGACUUUCUUAGAAAGAAGGCAAAGGUCAAAGAUGAAAUAAUUGACUUGUGCCAGCACUCUGUACGGAAUAUAAAAUACGUAUCAUCUCAACCUGAUUGGCUUAGAGGGCGAUAUAAACUUGUUCGAUUCGAAGAUGUAGCAAGUUUUCCACAUGAGUGCGCAAGACAAAUUUAUCAAUUCUUGGGAGUAGAAUAUCCACUUGUAUUGGAUGGAUGGAUAAAUGAAAAUACUAACAAGGAUACAGCGAAUCCAUAUGAUACUAAACGAAAGUCGGCUCGCAUCAUUAAUAAGUGGAGGAAUGAGAUGGACUUCAACAAAGUGAACGAGAUACAAAGAAAAUGUCCACAAGCCAUCACGUCAUUAGGAUAUAAUUUAAUGAAUGAAAGUCAACUUGUGAAUGUAGACAAUUGUGAAUCUUAUCUUAAACCUGAUGAGUUACCUUUCACUAAGCUUCAUGGCAUUUUCUCAAGUCUGUCAAUCAAUCAAUUUGAUCGUAGACCAGUGAAGACAAUGAGUCAACCGACACCAACACUACACAGGAAAUCAUCCACUGCAACACGAACUGAAAAUACUGCAAUGCGUUCCAGUGACGAAAUUGAUACUUCGACAACAAAAAAUCAAUCACAUAUUGAUGACAGUGGUCAUGUCAUAAAUCGUCAAGACAAAGUGGAUACAAAACCACAUAUUGUUAUUAUCGUUACCAAUAAACGUUCUGGGUCUUCAUUUUUGGGAGAGCUGUUUAAUCAGAAUCCAAAUGCAUUUUAUUUAUUUGAGCCGCUGCAGUGUUUUACACUAAUGGCUCUAAGGAACCAGAUUCCCGCUAAUGAGUUCAACUCUCUUUCAAUUAAAACACUAAAAUAUAUUUCAACAUGUGAUCUCUAUAAUAUUCCUUACUUAAAUACUUGGUGGGAAGCGUUCAGAAAGUUUCUCUGCUGGAGCACUCCUUGGUCAAGUCUAUGUAAAGACAAUAAACCGAGGAAGGUAUCCAUAGAAACGGGACUUGACACGCUCGUUAAAAUUUGUAAUUUCUCUAAAUUAGUUGCUAUUAAAACAAUCCGGUUAACUGAUAUCGACUUUUUACGCGAAUUUGUUGAAAAGUACAACAUGAAUGUGAAAGUGUUACAUUUGGUCCGUGAUCCCCGAGCUGUGAUGAAUUCAAGGUGGCACUUACAUUCUCCAAAUUAUGACUUUCUUAGAAAGAAGGUCAAAGACGAAACAAUUGACUUAUGCCAGCACUCUGUACGGAAUACGAAAUACGUAUCAUCUCAACCUGAUUGGCUUAGAGGGCGAUAUAAACUUGUUCGAUUCGAAGACGUAGCAAGUUUUCCACUUCAGUACGCAAGACAAAUUUAUCAUUUCUUAGGAGUAGAAUAUCCACUUGUAUUGGAUGGAUGGAUAAAUGAAAAUACUAACAAGGAUACAGCGAAUCCAUACAAUACUAAAAGAAAUUCCUCUGGCAUCAUUAAUAAGUGGAGGAAUGAGAUGGACUUUAAUAAAGUGAACGAGAUACAAAGAAAAUGUUCACUAGCAAUGACGUCAUUAGGAUAUAACUUAAUGAAUGAAAGUCAACUUGUGAAUAUCGACGAUUAUGAAUCUUAUCUUAGACCUGAAGAGUUACCUUUCACAAAGCUCCAUGGCAUUUUUGUCAAGAUAAAUAAUUAAGUUUACGGUUUCAUAUCUUUUAUUUUUCAGUUAUGACUUCAAAUUGUAAAAGGGUAUUAAAAUUGUCAAUAAAAAUAUACCGAAACUUAUAUUAUUAUUAUUAAUAAUAUUGUAUUGUAUUACUAAUAUAAUUAUUAUCAUCAAUGUUAUUAUUAUAGAUGUUCGACAAAUCAAAUGAGGUAUAUUUAUUUAUACACUAGAUAGUGUAGUGUAAUUUCGGUUACCGGUUUUUUUUUCUGUAAUUAUCAAAUUAAUUUUCUUGCAAAGAUAUCGAUAAUCGGAAAAUACUGGACUUGGUAUGUAAGGUCACUGCAUUUUAUUGAUUUUCAGUCGUGGUAAAACAUCAAUAAUCACCAAGGCGUUAUUAUUAAUAUUAUAAUGAUCAUUAUAAUUAUCAAGGACACCAUUAUUAUUAUUAUUAUUAUUAUUAUUAUUAUCAUUAUUAUUAUUUAGAAGAUGCGUCUCACUUAUUAUAACUAGAUCUAGCUGUCUUAUUGCUAAAUCCUUUAGCAAAGUUAAUUCAUAAAAGCUGUGCAAGCUAUGUUCACUUAACAGUGUAGAAAAUGAAUUCUACUUUGUGUUAAAGGGUCAAGUUUAUAGUUUUUAUCUUAUAGAUUUUAAUAAAGUGAACGAGAUACAAGGAAAAUGUCCAUAAGCCAUGACGUCGUUAGGUUACAAUAUUUUGAAUGAAAACCAACUUGUAUAGACAAUUAUGAAUCUUAUUUAAAAUCUGACGA